AUGAAGACUAAGAGCCGCACCUCAGGGCGCCGGGGGACCCCGCAGGGCGCAGAGUCCUCCACGGGGGAAAGCAUGCCUGAGCAGCCCCGACCAAGUCCAGGGCCAGAGCCGGGCCGGGGCCUGCGCAGCCGGUCAGCGCGUGGGUCAGCAGGGACGCGGGCCGAAGCAGGACGCAGGCGACCCGGGCCAAGCAACCGGCGCGAGAGCAGCGUCCAGCGGCGGCUGGAAAGCAACGAGCGUGAGCGGCAGCGGAUGCACAAGCUCAACAACGCCUUCCAGGCGCUGCGCGAGGUCAUUCCACAUGUGCGCGCAGACAAGAAGCUCUCCAAGAUCGAGACGCUGACACUGGCCAAGAACUACAUCAAGUCGCUGACGGCCACCAUCCUGACUAUGUCUAGUGGCCGCCUGGCGGGCCUGGAGGGACCAGGCCCCAAGCUCUACCAGCAUUACCAGCAGGGCGCCAGUGAGUCCCCGCCUGAGGGUCACCUGCAGAGGUACUCAACGCAGAUCCACAGCUUCAGGGAGGGCACUUAG